UGUACAGUAAACUUACAACUUGAAUUUCUACAACAGGAUUUCAGUGAAAAUGUCGUACGAGAAAGGAUAUUGUUACAAUAAGGUUAUAUUAAUUUUCGUUUUUCUGUCAACGAUUGUUGCAGACAACCAAAUGGCAGAUCAUCUUGUGGAAAUUGAACAGAGUGUAAGUAUUUCUAAUACUAUAGAUAAUAACGUGAAACAAGUUACAAUUCAAUACGGACAAUCAUUAUUACAUUACCAAAUAUUAGUUUACGAUCAUGAACCUUCUUUAGAGCCAAUCGAUAAAAGAUAUGCGUUCCACAAUGUCAUAAGUUGUGUUUUUGGCGAAUGGACUAUAAAUCAGUUAUACUAUUUCGUUCGUACAUUCCCGUUGACGUAUCAGAGCUCAUUUUUAAAUACGAAUUUUGAUAAUUUUUUUAAUAAAUAUUUCGAAUAUUUUGUCCAUAAGUUAAACAAAAUUAAGAAAAACAUUCAAAAAUUCAUAGAUAUACUACACAAUUUUAUACGCAUUAACCCGAUUAGUGCAAAUUACUACGACAAUGCUGUUUUAAAAUCAUUGAUAUCGUUGGAAAUCAAAAUAUACUUUAUGACAUUGAAAAAUGGUGAGCAAUUAUCUGAAUUUCAGAGAACAGAUACAGUUGUGAUUCAAGAAAUUCUCGUAGAAAUGAAUUCAAUUCAACGUUUUUUGUCAGUGUAUUGUGAUAUUAUAACAUCACCAUUCGACAACGAAAUAGAUCCACUAUUUUAUAAUUAUUUAACAAUCGUUAAAAACAAAAAAACUACCGAUGAUUUGAUAAAUAUAAUUAAUGCACAGCCAUCAUUUUUUGGUCUGAAUUUGGGAUUAGACGGUUGCACAGUAAACAAAAUGUUCUUAGAAAAUAUUGUGUCAAUGUCUUCAAUGGAAGACGUCAUUUCGUUCGAUAUUGCCAAUACUCUGUUGAAAAUUACGUCCACUAAAUAUAUAUUAAUCAAAGACAUUUGGGCACAAAUCAGACCGUCGUACGACAUUGAAAAAAUAUUCUGGUAUCUGGAUUCCGUAAUAACCGCGAUCGUGAAAUUAAUAUUCCAUAAAAUACUCAAUUUGUUUUUAGAAAUAAAUAGUCGUUUAUCGCCAUCAAAUAUCGAUUUAAUUAAACAAUUGAAUACCAAAAUAUUCUAUUAUAAGUUUGUCUCUAUGUUAAAUUUACCUACACUUUUGGUCAAAGGUUUUGAGCUCUUACGCGAAUUUGUGGAAAACUUCAACCAUAAUACUCUCAUACAAAUGAAAGAAUUUUACGACAAAAUGGAUGACAUAAAAUUAUUCCCAACUAUUACUGUUAAUAAAGAUGAAGAUGAAGAUGACGAUGAAUUUUAUUUUUUUAAAUUUGACGAAGAAGUUAAAGUAUCUACAGUAACCACACCAAAAUUCAGUGAUUUUGAAAAUAACCCAAACUCAUAUUUGAUGUAUUUAUUAACAAAACUAGAAAACAAUUUCGACGAUUUAAUGUGUUUUCAUAGAUCUCAUAAAUGUCUAAAAAACGAUCAGGUUACAUUUGAUUUCCAAAAUAACAAAAGUAAAGAGCUACUUCAAUACAACACGAAUAAUAGUAGUCCAAACGAUUGUAGUUUUGUAUUCGAUAUAUACAUUAAUUGUUACGGGAUUAUUGUUAAACUUAACAAAGGAUUCAAUACAGGACCUAACGAUAAAAACAAUAAAUAUUUUAAACAGGCGUGGGAUACCAUUGAUGAUCUUAAAAACUAUAUUAUUUACAUGAUGAUUUCAAGAAAUGUUAAAGAAAACAAUCUUUUUGAAACGGCACAAAACAUAUUAAUUGUUUUGGUUAACCAAAACCGGGAUUCAACCAAUGAGAAUUUCUUAACCAGGAUGGUUAAUUUUAUUAUGUCAGAAUUGAAUAACUAUGCAAUUAAAUAUUGCACUUUACCAAGAUUUAGUUUUUUUUUGUUUAAUAAUGUAAAUUUUAUUCAAUAUAAGGAAGACGGUUUUUAUCAAUAUUCGGCAGGUUUGCAUUCAUCCGAUUCUAACACAGGCAACUACGUCAACCCUUUGCUAUAUUGUUACGAUGUACAAUUAUUGUAUAAGAAUUUGUAUGAUGAGUCGAAAGUGCUCCCCCCAUUAUUUUGUACUCAUCAAUUUCAUAUAAAAUUUAAUUGGAAAGGAAGGCGUCUAACAAUGCCAUUCGUAUAUAAUGAUAUUAUAUCUUUAUUUAUAAGUCCUCACUAUUUAGGUAAUUUUUAUGAUUUGGUUUUUAAAUUUUAUUUUUCAAUUUUUUUUAAUGAGUUUAAACAAAUUUAUGACUAUCUGGAAUUCUACAUUUGGAUAGAUCCAGAAAUCAAAAAUAUAUCCAAAAUACAUCUUGCUUCUCUACCUCCAUUGAGUAUGAUUUCACUUCCCAAUAUUCCAGAGAAAUUUAAUCCUUUAAUUAAUGAUAUAGAGAUUCUUGUGAAAAAUAUAAUAAAUACCGACAAAUUUGAUAGAAAAAUUUAUAUGGAUAGGGUUGAAAAACAAAUGUCUGCCUUUAAUAUAGUAUUUAGUUUGUUACAAACACCACCGCUUGAGGAUAAUCAAAAUAUGCAACUUGAGAAUAUGUUUUCCAAACUUAAUGUAUUGAGUUCUACAAUAAAUAAUGAAUUUAUAAAUUCAAAAGUACAUUAUUGUUAUUCGAAAGUGAUAAAGUUCAGCGACAUUAAACUAAAUGUCAGUAAUAAUCCAAGUAAUCUUGAUAAAAGGCAUAAAAAAGUCAAGUUCAAUAUUCCUCAGGACGAUUCAGACUAUUAGAUUAUUAAAAAUAUUUUUGUUUUAAAUAAAUAUCUUUUUAAAUAUUUAUGUUUGUGAUUAUUUUAAACGAUUCAAUUCAUUAAUUAACAUAAUAUAUAGAGUAUAUCUGAAGGAAAAAAAGUUGUUAAAAAAUAAAAAUAAAAUUUAAAGUGUAUUAAUUAAUCGUUAUAUUAUACUAUAAAUAUCUGAUUAAUUUAAUUUUAUGUAAUACUUAAACGGU